AUGGCGGCUGGCCGGGGAAUUUCUGUUUCGUCCCGGCUGCAUCGUGCGAGCGCGGAACUCCGCGAUGGCCGCUCGGGCGAGGUUGAGGCGCUGCGCUGGCCGCGGCACGGAGCGGAGGGGGGCGCUGCCGCUGCGCUGCGCGCACGUGGCUCCCGGGAGUCAGUCGAUCUGCUGGCCGUUCAGUUCCACUUGACCAAGGAGGCAAGCAGUGAGAAGAACAGCAAUGGAAGGGCUGGCCAACUGGAAAUAAGCGCUCUAUCACUGAUGUACAACCGAGACUUUAUUGUGUACCAGGAACCUGAGCCACCCACAUGUGCUACAAACAAUGGAUUUGAAGACAAGAUCUUCCUGUGUUGUUAUGAUGACUCCCAUUACGACUCUGUGUAUACAGAACAAUUUCAGGAAGAUGCUGCUGUUUGUCAGGCUGUCUUGUACAAGAUCCGGUACAAAGAUGUGUUUGAUGUGGAGAAGGAGGAAUUGAGAAGUACAGUUGACAUGUUUCGAAGUGAGGACAAAAAGAACAGAAACAGUGCCUCUGUUGGAAGUGAGGAUGCAAACUCUGAUUCCCUUCCCAAGGAAGGGUCCAACACUUCAUCAGAAAGGAGAGAGGAAGACUGGGAAGGCAACAAUACUGACAAUCCACCUGAAGAUAAACUCAGACAAGGCACUGAAGAGGCAAAGCGGCCAGAAAAUCCACGAAAGCUGCGUUUUGCGUAUAGAAUGAUAAAAGCCCUGGACCCUCAGAUCUAUCGAAAUGUAAAGUUUGAAGUUAGGUUGGACAGCAGAAGAGAACUUAAAAAAACUGAUUACUUCAUGUUUGCUGGGAGAAAGUACUAUGUAGGAGACAAAUGUCAGGUAUGUCUGGAGCCUGGGGGUAAGUACUACAAUGCUUAUAUCCAGGAAGUUGGACCUGAUGAUAACAUGAUGGCCGUGUUCAUUGAAGAGCUGGCAGAAAA